CAACAACGCACGACGCCGUCGCCGGUAACUUCCUAGCACGAAUAGGUGUGGCCGCCAACGCAGUAUCGCUAGCUAGCUAGCUUCCUACCUCUCUCUUUCUCUCUCUCUACUCUACUCUACGUCCCUACGACGACACCCUUGGACCCAACCUUUCUCCUCAUCGACAUACCUAUCUCCUACGUCCUCGUACCUGCCUACCUACCGACCAUUCAUCCUCUCCCUUCGGCCGUGCCCUCGCCGCCGACUCAUCCGGCCGACCUCACCUAGGUCAACGCCGUACCUCCACCAACCCACAUACAUACCGCCGCUCCUCCCUCCCACACUCUCCGAGAGACUCCGCCCCCACACACCAUGCCCGCCUCAGACGAAUACGACGUGCGCGCGCUCGCACUGCCCAUCGACUCGCCGCCCUCCGAACACCGCCGCAGCUUCAGCCCGACCUGGCAGCGGCAACGACGGCACCGCUCCUCAUCCGCCGCGCUCCUGUCGCCCGUAGCAGGAGCCUCGGCGACAACGGGUCUGCGGGCCACGGCCGAGAAGCUGCAGCGGCAGGGGGCGCGGCUGUAUGCGCGGCUGACGCCGCUGCAGCGCGCGCUGCUGGCCGUGGCUGGGCUGGGCGCCAUGGUCUUCGGCGUCCUGUUCCUCGUCUAUAAUGAGCGCAUUUUUGGCUAUUUGGCGCCGUUGGCGGCGCGCUGGCGGGAGGUCAAGGGCGGCUGGUUGGUGCUUUGGUUCAUGACGUUUUUUGUGAGCUUUCCCCCGCUCAUUGGGUAUUCGACUUGCGUGACGCUGGCCGGGUUCGUGUAUGGCUUUCCGAAUGGCUGGUUCAUCGUAGCCAGCGCGACCAUCUUCGGCAGCACGGCGUCAUUCUUGACGACGCGGCUGGUGCUGCACCGCUUCGUUUCGCGGCUGAUCGCCAACGACUCGCGGUUUGCGGCGCUGGCGCUGACGCUCAAGCACGACGGGCUAAAGCUGCUGAUCAUGAUCCGGCUAUGCCCGCUGCCAUACUCGCUCUCCAACGGCGCCAUCGCCACGUUCCCGACCGUGCACUGGGCGGCCUUCAUGUUCGCGACGGCGCUCGUCAGCCCCAAGCUGCUGCUGCACGUGUUUGUGGGCGCCAAGAUUGGCGAGCUGGCCGAGCACGGCGGCGAAAUGGACGCAAAGACAAAGGCCAUCAGCUACGUGAGCAUCGUCAUUGGCCUUGCGGCCGGCGUGCUGACCGGCUGGCUCAUGUACCGCCAGACGAGCGCGCGCGCGGCCGAGCUCGAGCAGGAGGAGCGCGAUGCCGUGAGGGGGCACAGCAGGCAGGAGGUCGGCCGCGACUAUGCGGAUGAUCCGGAGGCGGGCGCCGCGGCCGAGGUGCUGCGCGAGGCGGAGGACGAUAUCAGCUUGCAUACCGAGGCGUACUAUGCUGAUGCGGCGGAGAUUGGGUCGUACCAUGAUGAGGAGGGCGAGGAUGGGGCGCAGGACGACGUCUUUGAUGCUGGGGAUGGGCUGAGCACGGAUGAUGAGGGGAGGAAAUAGAGGAGGGGAAAAGAAGGGG